AUGGUCUCAUCUGCUGUUUUAGGUUUCCCAAGAAUUGGCGCUUUCAGAGAAUUAAAGAAGAAUACCGAAGCUUACUGGGCUGGUAAGAUUGAUGCUGAUCAAUUAUUAAAGGUCGGUAAGGAUAUCAGAGAAAAGAAUUGGAAAUUGCAAAAGGAUGCUGGCGUUGACGUCAUUCCAUCCAAUGAUUUCUCUUUCUAUGAUCAAGUUUUAGAUUUAUCGAUUCUUUUCAACGUUAUCCCAGAGAGAUACACCAAGUAUGAAUUGUCUCAAUUGGACACCUUCUUUGCCAUGGCUAGAGGUUUACAAAGAAAGGCAACUGAAACCACCAAGGCUGUUGAUGUUCCAGCUUUAGAAAUGGUCAAGUGGUUUGAUUCCAACUACCACUAUGUUAGACCAACUUUCUCCAAGUCCACUGAAUUCAAGUUAAACGGUCAAAAGCCAGUCGAUGAAUAUCUUGAAGCAAAGGCUUUAGGUAUUGAAACUAGACCAGUUUUACUUGGUCCAGUCUCUUACUUAUUCUUAGGUAAGUCUGACAAGGAUUCCCUUGAUCUUGAACCAAUCUCCUUACUUGAAAAGCUUGUUCCAUUAUACGCUGAAAUCCUAAAGAAGUUAGCUGAUGCUGGUGCAAAGACCGUUCAAAUCGAUGAACCAUCCUUGGUCUUGGAUUUGCCAGAAAAUGUUCAAGCUGCUUUCCAAACUGCUUACUCUAAGUUAGCUGAAGCUGAAGGUUUACCUGAAUUAGUCUUGACCACUUACUUUGGUGAUGUCAGACCAAACUUAUCUGCUAUCAAGGAAUUGCCAGUCUCUGGUUUCCACUUUGAUUUUGUCAGAACCCCAGCACAAUUCGAUGAUGUCGUCUCCAUCUUAGGUGACAAGAAGACUUUAUCUGUUGGUAUUGUUGAUGGUAGAAACAUCUGGAAGAACAACUUUGCUGAAUCAAUUGAAUUCGUCAAGAAGGCAAUUGAGAAAGUUGGUGCAGAAAGAGUCACUGUUGCAACUUCUUCCUCUUUAUUACAUACCCCAGUUGACUUAGUCAAUGAAAAGAAGUUGGACGAGGAAAUCAAGAACUGGUUCUCCUUUGCAACUCAAAAGGUCGACGAAGUUGUUACCAUUGCUAAGGCUGUCUCCGGUGAAGAUGUUUCUGCUAAAUUGGAAGCUAAUGCGGCAGCAAUCAAGUCCAGAAAGGAAUCCAAGAUUACCAACAACCCAGAGGUUAGAAAGAGAACUGCCGAUGCUCUAGCUGAUCCAUCUAUGGCAAAGAGAGCUAACGAUUUCCCAACCAGAUUAGUUGCUCAAAAGGCUAAGUACAACUUGCCAUUAUUCCCAACCACCACUAUUGGUUCUUUCCCACAAACCAAGGAAAUCAGAAUCAACAGAAACAAAUUCAACAAGGGUGAAAUCUCUGCUGAAGAAUACGAAAAGUUCAUCAACAAGGAAAUGGAAUUAGUUGUUAAGUUCCAAGAAGAAAUUGGUUUAGAUGUCUUAGUCCACGGUGAACCAGAAAGAAACGAUAUGGUCCAAUACUUUGGUGAAAAAUUGAACGGUUUUGCUUUCACUACCAAUGGUUGGGUUCAAUCUUAUGGUUCCAGAUACGUCAGACCACCUAUUAUUGUUGGUGAUGUCGACAGACCAGCUGCUAUGACUGUUAAGGAAUCUGUUUACGCACAAUCCUUAACCAAGAACCCAAUGAAGGGUAUGUUGACAGGUCCAGUCACCAUUUUAAGAUGGUCUUUCCCAAGAGACGAUGUCACUCAAAAGGUUCAAUCUUACCAAUUGUCUUUAGCUUUGAGAGAUGAAGUCUCUGACUUAGAAAAGGCAGGUAUUACUGUUAUCCAAGUCGACGAACCAGCAAUUAGAGAAGGUUUACCAUUAAGAGCUGGUGAAGAAAGAUCUGAUUACUUAAACUGGGCUGCUGAAUCUUUCAGAAUUGCAACUUCUGCUGUUGAAGACACUACUCAAAUCCACUCCCAUUUCUGUUAUUCUGACUUGGAUCCAAACCAUAUCAAGGCUUUGGAUGCUGAUGUUGUUUCUAUUGAAUUCUCCAAGAAGGAUGAUCCAAACUACAUCCAAGAAUUCUCAAACUACCCAAACCAUAUUGGUUUAGGUUUAUUCGAUAUUCAUUCUCCAAGAAUUCCAUCCAAGGAAGAAUUCGUUGCUAGAAUUGGUGAAAUUUUGAAGGUGUACCCAGCUGAUAAAUUCUGGGUCAACCCAGAUUGUGGUUUGAAGACUAGAGGUUGGGAAGAAACUAGAGCUUCAUUAACUAAUAUGGUUGAAGCUGCAAAGGUUUACAGAGCAAAGUAUGCUAACUAA